AUGCGGACUGAAGGAAGCACUUCACGGGCAGAAGGGACUACGCCAAAACCAGUAAAUGCAGCAGAGAAUCGACCGAAAGUGCUUGCGCGGGUUUAUGCUAUGGGCCAUCAGGAGGUGAUUGACCCUUCGGCAGUCAUCGAAGGUACGCUUUCUAUAUUUCGGCGUACCGCAAGGGUGUUAAUAGAUCCUGGUGCUACCCAUUCUUUUGUGAGUCCUGCAUUUAUGGCACAUAUAGUUAUUAAAGCAGAAAAGCUGCCAUAUGAUUUGGAAAUAAAGACUCCCAUUACCAAUAAGAGCAUCCUUGCCAAUAUGAUGUACAAAGGCUGUGACGUGUGGAUAGGGGAACGAAAGUUAUCGGUAGAUUUAAUAGAAUUAGCUCUUAAGGGGUACGAUCUUAUAUUAGGUAUGGAUUGGCUAGCUAAGUAUCAUGAACGCCUAGACUGCAGUACGAAAAAGGUUGACUUGCACAUACCGGGUGGGCCUACAUUGCAAUUAGAUUUACGAGGAAAGUUAGCCUCUACCACUCUUAUUUCUGGGAUUCGGGCCCAGAAAUUGCUAAGUAAGGGUGCUCGAGGGUUUUUGGCCAUGUUGAUUAAUACCCCAGGAGAGCAAUUAAAAGUAGAAAAUGUGCCGGUGGUGUGUGAGUAUCUUGAGAUGUUUCCCGAAGAGUUGACCUCACUACCGCCGGAAAGAGAAAUCGAAUUUAAGAUUGAUCUGCACCCAGGGACGGAACCAAUAUCGAAAACCCCUUACCGCAUGGCUCCUGCGGAACUGAAGGAAUUGAAAAUACAGUUGCAGGAAUUAUUGGAUCGAGGAUUUAUUCAGGAAAGUGAAUCUCCUUGGGGAGUCUCUGGUGCAGUUGUAUUUUCUAAGCUGGAUCUUCGACAAGGAUAUUACCAACUAAGGAUCCGGAAGGAGGAUAUCCCUAAGACCGGGUUUAAUUCGCUGUACGGGCAUUUUGAAUUUGUAGUCAUGCCCUUUGGAUUGACAAAUGCUCCAGUCGCAUUUAUGGACUUAAUGCACCGAGUCUUCAAACCUUACCUAAACCAAUUUGUUGUGGUAUUUAUUGAUGAUAUUCUGGUCUACUCGAAAACUCAUGAAGAUCAUGAACGGCAUUUGAGGUUAGUGCUACAGACUCUUAAGGAGCACCAAUUAUAUGCUAAGUUUAGUAAGUGUGAAUUCUGGCUGGACAAGGUGUCUUUCCUUGGACACGUGAUUUCUAGGGAUGGUAUAGCGGUGGACCCCGCUAAGGUGAAAGCCGUCACAGAAUGGAAACGGCCAGAGAGCCCAAUUGAAGUUAGAAGUUUCUUAGGGCUUGCAGGAUAUUAUCGCCGCUUCAUAAAGGACUUUUUCUAA